AUGUAUCACAUGGGAGCCAUGGGUAAGACCCUCAAUGAGCUGCAUGCUAUGCUCAAAACUGCUGAGCAAAAUGUCUUGGUUGAACCUAGGAAGGAUGUUCUUAUGGUCAACAAAGGGAAAGGGUUUAAGAAAGGGCCACAGAAGAAGCAACAGUCUCAAGGGAAGGGCAAGACAGUUGUUCCACCUAAGGGAAACACACCUAAAAUAAAGGUGGCUGCUGAGCAUGACUGCUUCUACUGCAAGGCUAAGGGGCACUGGAAGAGAAACUGCCCCAAAUAUCUGGAAGAUAAGAAGAGGGGUGCCUCUGCUUCAGGGACUACGAAAUAG